AUGCCUGCCAGGAUUCGUGCCACAGUCUCCAAGAGCGUCACGCGCUUUGGAGAUAGCGGUGCCAGUCCAUUAUCCAGAAGAUUCUUCUUCUGUCCCUCGUGCUGGGCAUCAUGGCGGCGCACACUGUCGACGACGCAGACGCGCACCGCAACCAACUUUCGCCGAAAAGACAUCGCUGCAACAACAACAAUACCAGCAAGUACACGUAGCUUUCUCGACCGCCGCCGUUUUAUAUCGUCGAUUACAGAAGUCAAUCGAAACAUCCCCGCGCGCAAUAGGGAAUUGUAUGCGUUGCUGGGCGAGUUGCAGCAGACCGCGGCAGAUCAGAUCAGUCUGAGUCGGCUUCAGCUCGCGCAACGGGGAUUGGAGUCGGAGGUUCCGGUGAUUCGCGUUGCUGUACUUGGCUUGAAUGGUGCGUCGGCUGCGCGGCGGCUGGUUCGACUGCUCUUGGCGGAUCCCUUGACAGGAAAACAGUCCUGGGAGGAUCUCAUAGACUCGCGCGGAUCUGAAGAAUCUCGGGGGUUGCUGAUACGGUACGGCCAAAACUCCGGUAUCGUCGACGAUGGCGCCUGUCCUACGCUUUCAAUACCGUCACCAGUCCUGAAAAAUGGAAAUAUUGAGAUUCUAGUGGGUGCAAUUGGGACCGGAAACGAACCAACUGGGGUCUCUAUUACCGAGGAAACGCUCCUUGUUCCGACCAUAUCGAUUCCUACCUCGAAUGAUGACACGCCACCAAGUGUGAUACAAUACCCGGUGCAUAGAACCGUCAUCUGCGGCUCAGGUCCCGACGGACUGUUUGCAUAUAGCGGAUUGGUUGGUCGUGCCAACCUGGGCUCGGCCGAGCAAUUGGUCCACGGAGCAAUUGAGCAGCCGGCGGCUGGCGACGCAUCGAAGCAGACAUCGGAUAAGGUAACCUUUGUGGAUACAGCGGUUGCUGAUACCGCGCUGGCCAAGUUCCGUGAGUCGGUCCAGUUUGUCUCUGAAUAUGAACGCGGGUGGACCGCUGGCGGGGUUCAAGAUGUUGUCAAUUGGCUGUCUGCAAAGAAGGAUGGUGGCCUGGCGCCGGAGUUGGAAAUACUUGUUCAGUCAUUGCUGGAUUCGACCGAAGAAGGCUUGGUAGCUAAAGAGGCCAUUCGAGUGAGAGAGCAAGAGGCCAGCGACGUCUCAGCUGAGACACGCCAGAGCCUUGAUCAGACAGUAUCGGUCUGGGCCGAGCGCGCUCAUACGGAACUGCAAAAGUCCCUGGAGGAAGGAUUUGCGAGUCUGCGCUGGCGGGGUUUAGCAUGGUGGAAGUUGUUUUGGCGCGUUGACGAUGUCGGAGCGGUCACGUCGGAGAUUUUGCAAACGCGAUACCUUGCACAGGCCGAGAAGGAGAUGAUCUGGACAGCUGGCCGAGUCAAACAGACGGGUCUGCUGAACGGAGCUCCAAAUGGGGGGGAUUUUGCUGUCAACAACUCGAAAACAGAGACUGCAGAAGAAAACAGCGAGACUGCUGUGCCUCAACAACAAGAAGAUGGACCGUGGCCGAUGCAGAUCUCAGCUAGCCGUUCCAAGCUGGGUAGCACGACAAUCCCCUCGCUACAGGCGCUGUCUCAGAGCCUCGUGCUUUUCAGCGCGUCGACGACGGGCCUCACCUCGGCAUUCUCAGCCCUACUGUACUCAUCUGCUACGACGGGGCUGUACGAGGCCUGCACAGUCGCCGCAGUCGGCUUGAUCUACUCUCUGCGCCGGCAGCAGUCGAAAUGGGAAAAGGCCCGGUCGUUCUGGGAAGACGAGGUGCGAGAGAGUGGCCGCACGGCCUUGAUUGACACGGAAAAGGUGCUGCGUGAGUCUAUUCGAGAUGGUCCUAUUCAACAGAAGGAGGAAUUGCCCGAGACUAGGGCUAGAGCGGUUGUUGGACGCGCGAGAAAGGCGCUUGAAGAUGCCAAACAGCGAUAA